GCGGGACUCGCGGGGAUGACGGCGGCCGGGCGGUGACGGGACCUUGACGAUGGGCCGGCGGGAGCGAGAUAAGAAAAAAUCUAAGAAACGUCAUUACGAUGAUGACGAUGAUGAUGAAGACGAAACUCCUGGUAGAGAGUCUCAGGAAGCUGUUCCAUCUGCAGCAGGCAAGCAAGUGGAAGAGUCUGGGAUCAAAGUGGAUGAGUAUGGAGCAAAAGACUACAGACUCCAGAUGCUUUUAAAGGUUGAUCAUUCCUCACGUCCACUCUGGGUGGCUCCUGAUGGCCAUGUUUUCCUGGAAGCCUUUUCUCCUGUUUACAAAUAUGCUCAGGAUUUUCUGGUUGCUAUUGCUGAACCUGUGUGCAGGCCAACCCAUAUACACGAAUACAAACUCACUGCUUACUCGCUUUAUGCUGCUGUCAGUGUUGGUUUACAAACAAGUGACAUCACUGAAUAUUUGCAAAAGCUGAGCAAGACUGGUGUCCCAGAUGGAAUAAUUCAGUUUAUCAAGCUGUGUACUGUCAGCUAUGGAAAGGUAAAGCUAGUGCUGAAACACAACAGGUAUUUUGUCGAAAGCACCCACCCUGAAGUCAUCCAGCAGCUUCUUCAGGACCAGGUCAUCAGAGAGUGUCGGCUGAGAAACGCUGAGGGAGAAGAAACAGAGCUCAUCACGGAGACAUUCACGAGUAAAUCAGCAAUUUCAAAAUCCAGUGACGGAGGUCCUUCAACAUCACAAGGGACAGAUGCUCAGAAUAAAUCGGAUGUCCCAGCUGAUUUAUUUGAGUUUUACGAGCAGAUGGACAAAGAUGAGGAGGAGGAGGAAGAAACACAGACUGUAUCUUUUGAAGUCAAGCAGGAAAUGAUUGAAGAGCUUCAGAAGCGUUGCAUCCACUUGGAGUACCCCUUGCUGGCAGAGUAUGACUUCAGAAAUGAUUCAGUGAAUCCUGACAUUAAUAUAGACCUGAAGCCCACAGCUGUUCUCAGACCUUACCAGGAGAAAAGUCUAAGGAAGAUGUUUGGGAAUGGGCGUGCUAGAUCUGGUGUUAUUGUCCUGCCAUGUGGUGCUGGCAAGUCUUUAGUUGGAGUUACAGCUGCGUGUACAGUCCGUAAGCGUUGCCUGGUACUUGGCAACUCUUCUGUCUCUGUGGAGCAGUGGAAAGCCCAGUUCAAAAUGUGGUCCACCAUAGAUGACAGCCAAAUCUGUCGAUUCACAUCAGAUGCCAAGGACAAGCCUAUCGGCUGCUCUGUUGCCAUUAGCACCUACUCUAUGUUGGGACACACAACUAAGAGGUCUUGGGAAGCAGAGAGAGUAAUGGAAUGGCUUAAAAGUCAAGAGUGGGGCCUUAUGAUACUUGAUGAGGUGCACACCAUACCUGGGAUUGUGAUCCUGGCAGUCCAGGUGCCAGCUCAUGGCAAGAUUCCUCACCACACUGAUCACUGGAAUGCAAAGCUGGAAACCAGUCUGGCUCACCUGUGUGUUAGUAUUAUUAAAAUAGCCAAAAUGUUCAGACGUGUGCUCACCAUUGUGCAAGCUCACUGCAAACUGGGACUGACUGCUACUCUCGUCAGAGAAGACGACAAAAUUGUCGACUUGAAUUUCCUGAUUGGACCAAAACUCUAUGAAGCCAACUGGAUGGAGCUGCAGAACAAUGGCUACAUUGCUAAAGUUCAGUGUGCUGAGGUUUGGUGCCCAAUGUCUCCAGAGUUUUACAGAGAAUAUGUGGCUAUCAAAACAAAGAAGCGGAUAUUGCUCUACACUAUGAACCCAAAUAAAUUCAGAGCAUGCCAGUUCCUGAUCAAAUAUCAUGAGCGAAGGAAUGACAAGAUCAUUGUAUUUGCUGACAAUGUGUUUGCAUUGAAGGAGUAUGCAAUCAGACUGGGGAAACCUUACAUAUAUGGUCCUACUGCACAAGGAGAGAGAAUGCAGAUUCUACAGAACUUCAAGCACAAUCCAAAAAUCAACACUAUCUUUAUUUCCAAGGUAGGUGACACAUCGUUUGAUCUACCAGAAGCCAAUGUUCUGAUUCAGAUUUCGUCCCAUGGUGGGUCUCGAAGACAGGAGGCUCAAAGAUUGGGACGAGUGCUGAGAGCCAAAAAAGGGACAGUUGCGGAGGAAUACAAUGCCUUUUUUUAUUCCCUUGUAUCCCAAGAUACUCAGGAAAUGGCAUAUUCAACCAAACGACAAAGAUUUCUGGUAGAUCAAGGUUACAGCUUCAAGGUGAUCACAAAGCUUAAAGGAAUGGAAGAAGAACAACUUUCAUUUUCAUCCAAAGAAGAGCAGCAGCAGCUUCUUCAGAAGGUCCUGCAAGCAUCUGACCUGGAUGCUGAGGAAGAGGUGGUAGCAGGAGAGUAUGGCUCAAAGUCAGCUCAGGUGUCCCGUCGUUUUGGCACAAUGAGCUCUAUGUCUGGAGCAGAUGAUGCAGUUUAUAUGGAAUAUCACACUUCACGGAGCAAGGCAUCUUCAAAUAAACAUGUCCAUCCACUUUUCAAACGUUUCAGGAAAUGAUGUAAUAUGUGGAUGCAUUCUGUCAAAUUGUGGACUUACUUAUCCUUCCAUACAGUGGAAUAUGGAGCAUAAAUGUCUUAUAGACCCUUAAAGGACUCUUUAAUGUGUGGGUAUAUAAAUGUAUAAAUAGUUAGCAAUAUAUCUAUGCUAAUGGGUGAGACUGAAAAAGUGAAGGAACUAUUUCUAACCACAGUGAAAGAUGUUAUACAAGGACUGAACCCUGGUUAUGCCCGUGUGGUGUUCCCAAGGUAAUAAACCUUUAUUUUUAUCAAGUGAAUUUAAAGACCGCUUUUUAAGCAAAUGCUGCAAAUGUGAUUUUUUUUGUAUAUCAGGUUUGUACCAAUGUUUAAGAUUUUAUUUAUAUCAUAAAUAUAAUAGUUGAAAAAAACAUAGUGAAGUCUAAAAUGCUUGAAGGAAAAGCUUAAAUAAAACUUGAGUAAAAAUUA